AAAGCAAAGGAGCAUCCCCACUGUUCCCAUUAAUUCACACCUCUUCUUACUCUCUCUCUUCCUCUUUUCUCUCUCUACUCUCUCAGUCAAACCCUAAUUCCGAUGACGGUACCUAACUCCGACGAAGGUGACCGGAGUUUAACGGAAGUUAUCACCUCUCUCCUCGACUCAAUCCCUAAGCUUAUUAGCUUCAAGUGCAAAUGGUCUUCAAUUCGCGCCAAACUCGCCGAUCUCAAAACUCAGCUCUCCGAUUUCUCCGAUUUCGCCGGCUCUUCUUCCAACAAGCUCGUUCAAGAUCUUCUGGUUUCGGUUCGCGAGACGCUAAGCGACGCUGUUUCUAUCGCGGCGAGGUGCGAAGGACCAGAUUUGGCUGAAGGUAAGCUCAAGACGCAGAGUGAGGUUGACUCGGUCAUGGCGAGACUCGAUCGACAUGUAAAAGAUGCUGAGGUUCUGAUUAAGAGCGGACUGCUUCAGGAUAACGGAGUCGUCGUCGUCGUCUCGGGGUUUUCGAUUUCGUCGAAGAAGGAAGCUGUUCGAUUAGAAGCGAGGAAUCUAGUUAUUCGAUUACAGAUCGGUGGAGUUGAAUCGAAGAACUCAGCGAUUGAUUCGUUGCUUGAGUUGCUUCACGAAGAUGACAAGAACGUGAUGAUCUGUGUAGCUCAAGGAGUUGUUCCUGUUUUGGUUAGGUUACUUGAUUCGUGUUCUUUAGGGAUGAAGGAGAAGACUGUAGCUGUAAUUUCUAGAAUCUCUAUGGUUGAGAGUAGUAAACAUGUGUUAAUAGCUGAAGGCUUGUCUCUAUUGAAUCAUCUCCUUCGUGUUCUGGAAUCAGGAAGUGGUUUUGCUAAAGAGAAAGCUUGUGUUGCUUUACAAGCUUUGAGUUUGUCUAAGGAGAACGCUAGAGCGAUUGGUUGUAGAGGUGGGAUCUCGUCUCUGUUGGAGAUAUGUCAAGGUGGGAGUCCUGGCUCUCAGGCUUUUGCUGCUGGUGUGUUGAGGAAUCUAGCUUCGUUUGUAGAGACCAAAGAGAAUUUCGGAGUUGUGCUUUUAAAGAAUUUAACUUUGUGUCCUAUUGUGAGAGAAGUUGUUAUCUCUGAAGGGUUUAUCCCUCGUUUGGUUCCAGUGUUGAGUUGUGGGGUUCUCGGUGUGAGAAUCGCAGCUGCUGAGGCUGUUUCUUCGCUAGGUUUUAGCUCAAAAAGCCGAAAAGAAAUAGGUGAAAGCGGAUGCAUUGGUCCACUGAUUGAUAUGUUAGAUGGUAAAGCCAUUGAAGAGAAAGAAGCAGCUUCCAAAGCUCUAUCAACUUUAUUGGUGUGCACGAACAACAGAAAGAAUUUUAAGAAGAGUGGGAAGGGUAUAGUCAGUCUUGUUCAGCUUUUGGACCCCAAGAUUAAGAAAUUGGAUCAGCGAUACACAAUCUCUGCUUUGGAACUGCUUGUAACUUCUAAGAAAUGCAGGAAACAAGUUGUUGCUGCUGGUGCUUGCUUGCAUUUACAAAAGCUUGUGGAGAUGGAUGUUGAAGGAGCUAAGAAAUUGGCGGAGAAUCUUGCCCGGAGUAAGAUUUGGGGCGUCUUUACAAGGCCAUAGGAGACUGCGGAUACGAUAUUAACCUGUAUUUAAGAAAACGUAUCGGUGAUUCUGGAUUUUUUUUUCUCGUUUCCUCUUAUAUGUUGUUUGAUGAGUUGAUUGUUCAUAAGGCUUGGCUGAUUGAUGUAGGGAGAGUAAUUGCUGAUUAGUCUGUAGACAAAAAAUAAUGUAAUACCUUUGUAGAGUUUGUAAUCCUCUUAUUUUAAUUUUCUUUGUGAGCUAAUCAUAUCAGAGUUUGAUUUGA